UUUGUUUGUCAAAAAAGUAAAAAAAAUAAGUAGAAGGAAACAUUUAACACUUUUGAUUAUUGUAUAAAAUAUAAAAUUAAUAAAAAUGUUAGCAAUAAUUAAUAGGAUUUUAGACUGGAUAAAAAGUCUAUUUUGGAAAGAAGAAAUGGAAUUAACAUUAGUGGGCUUGCAAUUUUCAGGAAAAACAACAUUUGUCAAUGUAAUUGCGUCUGGUCAAUUUAGUGAAGAUAUGAUACCAACAGUUGGUUUCAAUAUGCGGAAAAUAACAAAAGGAAAUGUUACAAUAAAAGUAUGGGAUAUUGGCGGUCAACCUAGAUUUCGAUCGAUGUGGGAACGAUACUGUCGAGGAGUAAAUGCAAUUGUAUAUAUGGUAGAUGCUGCGGAUUUGGAUAAGAUGGAAGCUUCAAGGAAUGAAUUGCAUUCCUUAUUAGAUAAACCACAGUUAGCUGGAAUACCUGUGUUAGUUUUGGGAAAUAAACGAGAUUUACCUGGUGCUUUAGAUGAAACUGCACUUAUUGAACGAAUGAAUCUUUCCAGCAUCCAGGAUCGAGAAAUAUGUUGCUAUAUCAUUUCGUGUAAAGAAAAAGCCAAUAUUGAUAUUACUCUUCAAUGGUUAAUAUCCCAUUCGAAAAGCCAAAAUCGCUAAUUUAUUGUACAUAUAUAAAUAUCUAUAUAUAUAUAUUACUAUAAUAUAUUCUAAUGUGUUAUAAUUAAGAGAUUAACGCUUAAAGUUUUAUGUUAAAUAUUUUUUUCAUGUUAUUAUUUUUUUUUAAUUGCACUAUGACAAAUAAAAUUGUAAAAAGAAAUGUGUUAAGCGUCAUGUGCCUGUUAACGAUAUUUUUUUUUCUCAAUUUUACUUUUAAUAGUAUAAUUUUUUCUAAGUAUAUUUUGAAAUAAUCAAAUGGAAAUCGAUGAUGCAUAGUAUAAAUUAAUUAAAAAAAAACAUUAUUAAAGGAGUUAAGGUUUCACAGGAAUAUAGAAAUCGAUAUAAUAACGAAAAUCAAAAAAAAAAAUUAAAAUAUAAAAUAUGCGUAUGUGCACAAUAUUGGAAUUAAAAAAAUUAUUUACUUUUUUCUAUUUAAACAUGAAUGUGCUUUUAGAAAUUUUAUUUAGUAGAUAUUGUGUAGAACUUUUUUUUUGUCAAGGAAAUUGAUAGAAUAAAUUCUUUAUUUAUAGUAUA